AUGCAUGUCAACUUGUCCAAGAUCCACCAGACAUCGUGCGAAGGUUACGUGACAAAGAGAGGACAUAUGAUGAAGACAUGGAAGCGGAGGUACAUGGUGCUCCACGGCGACACGUUGCUGGUGGCAUAUUACGACAGCAAAGAAAUUUACAAGUCCAAUGGGCCUCCAAAAGGAUCGUUUGUCCUCUCUGAGUGCGAAAAGCAAGAUCUGAGCGACGAAGGCGGCAGCGUCAAACCGUUCGGGUUCAAGUUCAUCGGCCAUUGCCCUGGACAAGGAUAUAAGGAGUACAUGGUCUUCGUGGAGACUCAAAUCGACCAAACCAAGUGGCUCAACGUGGCACACAAUGCGUUGGGCAAGACCACGUACAUACCAUCGCCUUCCAUGGAAUCUCACGGCGGCGCAGGACACAAGGAAUCGGCAGGUCUUAUGAUCUCGCUCGAAGCACAGAUAAAGAACGUCAAGAAGACAUCCCAUGAACUUCUCCAACAAGCCAUCAACGAUGCCAAGGAAGCUGAUCGCAUCGGCGACGCUACGGUCGAUGAGAUGGCAUACCAGGAAGAGGUGCUGAACGACGCAGAGAACACGGUGGAUGCAAUGGGAAAGCAAAUGGACCGCGCCGAAGACCUCGGCAAGAGCAUCAAGCACCCAAUUUUGUACAAGUUCACUCACAUCUUCUCGCGGAAAAAGUCCAAGCGUGGCAAGAGAGGAGCCUCGUCCAAAAAGCGAGGCGGCGGCAAAUCAACCAGGAGCAGUCGCGUACCUAGAGGCGUCCAGGUGAAGUUGCAUCCACCCCAGCCGCAGCCCAAGCAAGAGGAGGAUCAGCUUGACGAGCUGUCCAAGAUUCUGGCCAAGCUGGGUCAGACCGCCGACACGAUCAGCGAUAUUACGACCCGCACGACGGAGCAGGUCGAUCGCAUUGACCAAAAGGUGACGAGCGUCGAUGAGCGUGUGACGAAGGAGGCGAAGCUCGUCGAGUCAGUGCUCAAGGCAGAAAUGACUUGA